GCCUGAAUGUUUUAUAUAUACAUUUUGGUUAGGUAAUUUUUUUUUUUGGAGACUUGGCAGCCUAUUAUUUGUCUGAAUUUGAUGCAUCUUCUCUGCUCUUCCCGAGAUACUAUGAAAUAUGUGUGUUAUUUUUUAGGUAAAAUUUUAGAUCCUAUUUGGUGAUAACUGGAUACUGGUAGUGUAUGAUAUGAGCAUAGUUGAGAAUAAUCAUUGCAUAGAAACCUGUCUUUUCAAAUUCAUUUUUGUGUUUCUUACCUGAAGAAAAAAAUUACAAACACUACAUGAUUUCCUCAUAAUAAUAUUGACGUUUUGUUUAUUUUUUAUUUUUAGAGAUAGGGUCUCACUCUCUUGCCCAGGCUGGAGCAUCAUGCCUCAUCACACCAUCAAAUUCCUGGACUCAGGCAAUCCUGCCACCUCAGUCUCCCAAGUAGUUAGGACUCCUGAGUAGUAGUUAGGUAGCACAUGUUACCAAACCUAGCUAAUUUUUUAAUUCUUAUUUUUUGUAGAGACAGGGUCUAGCUUUGUUGCCCAGGCUGGUCUUGAACUCCUGGUGUCAAGUGAUUCUCCUGCCUUAGCCUCCCAAAGCAUUGGGAUUACAGGUAUGAGCCACUGAACCUGGCCAUAUUGAGGUUUUAAAGAGAGAAAUUACUACUUAUUUGAAGAGUUGGGAUACUACAGUAGUCUCCCCUUAUCUACAGGAGAUAUGUUCCAUGACCUCAGUGGAUGCCUGAAACUGAAGAUAGUACUGAACCCUAUAUAUACAGUCACAUGUCAUUUAACAAUGGGAUACCUUCUGAGAAAUGCGUUGUUAGGUGAUUUCAUCAUUGUGAGAACAUCAUAGAGUGUCCUUACAUAAACCUAGAUAGCAUAACCUCCUACACACCUUGGCUAUAUGGUAUAGCCUGUUGCUCCUAGGCUGCAAACCUAUAUAGCGUGUUACUGUACUAAAUACUUUAGGCAGUUUUAAUACAAUGGUAUGUAUUAGUGUAUCUAAACAUAGAAAAGUUACAAUAAAAAUGCAGUAUUAUAAUCUUAUGGGACCACUGUCAUAUAUGUGGCUCAUUGUUAACUGAAAUGUCAUGUGGGUUACGACUGUAGUGUGUUUUUUCCUAUACACAUAUAUCUGUGAUAAAGUUUAACUCAGAAAUUAGGCAUAGUAAGAUGUUAACAGUAACAAUAAAAUAGGACAAUUACAACAAUAGGCCAGCACCACUCCUCUUGUACUUUGUGACCAUUAUUAAGUAAAAUAAGGGUUAUUUGAAUGCAACACUACCAUACUGCAACAGUGGAUCUGAUGACCAAAUCACUUACUCAGUGACUAGCGGGUGGGAGCCAGGGCUGGAUAUGCUGGACAAAGGGAUGAUUCACAUCCCAGGUAGGAUGGCAUGAGGUUUUGUCAUGCUACUCAGAACGGCAUGCAAUUUUAAACUUCUGAAUGGUUUGUUUCUGGAAUUUUCCAUUUAAAUAUUUUUGGAUUGCAGUUGACUGUGGGAACAAACUGUAGGUAAGGGAGGACUGUUGUAAUACAAAUUUUAUAGUGUUGUUUUGAGAAAUCAAUAGGAUAGUAAAUGUGAACUGCCUAACAUAGUGACUGCACAUAGUAGGUUCAUUCCAACAAAGGCUUUAAAUGUAGCAUGUGAUGUAAUUUUGCUCACAGGAAGUUGAGAGACACUGGAACGGGGAAAAAAAAUGUGUGUGUGUGUGUGUGUGUGUGUAUAUAUAUAUAUAUAUAUAUGAAUGAGUUCUGCCCUAAUUAGUACAAAAUUCAUUCAGAAGUAAUGAACAAUUCCAAGAGGAGCACAUAGACUGGAAAGUUUCAUUAACUGAAAUGUUAUCCUCACAGUGGUUGUCUGGAAACAGACCCAAACAGGAAGAGUGUCAAAGAUGGGAAUAUUUUUAUCUUUGGAACUGCUCUUAUGGUUAUUUUUCAUACCUCUUUACCUGCAUUGAUUCACUCUGAGCUGUUCCUUUUGUUUGUUUUGUGUGUAGAUUUUUAAAAAUUAUUCCAACAAGAGAAGGCAAUUACCUCAGGAGGCCACUUUAAUGUGUUUAACUUUGGCACAAGUUGAAGUCACCGUCGGAGUAUGCCUCUCUGCACCUGACAUUCCUUCCUGAGGCAGGACCCCUCCCUGUGAAUAAGAGGAAAGGCUUGGCCAAUUAUGCUAGACAAAGCCGCACAGCUGCCGAGCCCAGCUGGGAGGAGUUUCCUUCUUGAGCAGGGAGCUGGUACAGUCAGGGGCUUGCUUUUCACCACCUCCUUUUUUUCACACUGCUUCACCUUAAAGGAUUACCUAAGGUGGAGGUAGAGAAGGGGGUGUUGCUAUCUGCAGUGGACAGUCUCCGCUGCCCAGAGGGCUGAAGAGGGGAGGAAUUGGUGCAGUUGCCCAUCUCCUACUUGGAGCAGAUGCUGUCUGACCCCAGCGUACCACUCUUCCUCCCACAGGGACCGGAACACCAGGUCUCUCCCCUGGAGUUUCAGGUAACACCACAGCGGCAUCCUCGCCUACUGGUCUGGUGGAAAGGGAAGGGGUGGUCCUUGUGUCUGGACCCCUCACAGCUGACUCACAGGAAGUGCUGGAAGAGCUUGGCACUGGGCGCAGCAGCUUCAGGAUUACUGCCCCACCCGCCCUGCCCUCUCCCACGUAGGUUUUGCAGUAUCUCUUGAUAGAACAAUGAAGGCUUUCCAAGUUUGCUAAGACUCCCAGGGAAAUUCUUUGCACUUCUCUGGCAGUCUUCAAAAUGUUCUGCCACCGACUUUCCCAAGAAGCUGUUAUUUAAAAAACCCUUCGUGGAUUGCUUUGUCUGAAGAUCCUCUGGGUGAUCAUGGUUCAGCGCUUUAGCCUCAGGAGGCAGCUAUCCAAGGACUGGGAUUCAGAAGAAACAACUGAGUUGAGAAACAUCAUUUGAGAGAAAACUAAUGCUGUAUGCUAAUCUUGCAUAUCGAACGGUUGGAAGUAAGCAGCCUUGCCCAAACAUCCAGUGCAGUGGCCUCCAGUACCGAUGGCAGCAUCCACACAGACUCCGUGGAUGGAACACCAGACCCUCAGCGCACAAAGGCUGCCAUUGCUCACCUGCAGCAGAAGAUCCUGAAGCUCACAGAACAAAUCAAGAUUGCACAAACAGCCCGGGACGACAACGUUGCUGAAUACUUGAAGCUUGCCAACAGCGCAGACAAACAGCAGGCUGCCCGCAUCAAGCAGGUCUUUGAGAAGAAGAACCAGAAAUCGGCCCAAACUAUCCUCCAGCUGCAAAAGAAACUUGAGCACUACCACAGGAAGCUCAGAGAGGUGGAGCAGAAUGGGAUCCCCCGGCAGCCAAAGGAUGUCUUCAGGGACAUGCACCAGGGUCUGAAGGAUGUGGGAGCAAAGGUGACUGGCUUCAGUGAAGGUGUGGUGGAUAGUGUCAAAGGUGGGUUUUCCAGCUUCUCCCAAGCCACCCAUUCAGCAGCAGGCGCUGUAGUCUCAAAGCCCAGAGAGAUUGCCUCACUCAUUCGGAACAAAUUUGGCAGUGCAGACAACAUCCCCAACCUGAAGGACUCUUUAGAGGAAGGGCAAGUGGAUGAUGCGGGGAAGGCUUUGGGAGUGAUUUCGAACUUUCAGUCUAGCCCAAAAUAUGGUAGUGAAGAAGAUUGUUCUAGUGCCACUUCAGGCUCAGUGGGAGCCAACAGCACCACAGGGGGCAUCGCUGUAGGAGCAUCCAGCUCCAAAACAAACACCCUGGACAUGCAGAGCUCAGGAUUUGAUGCACUACUACAUGAGAUCCAGGAGAUCCGGGAAACCCAGGCCAGACUAGAGGAAUCCUUUGAGACUCUUAAGGAACAUUAUCAGAGGGACUAUUCCUUAAUAAUGCAGACCUUACAGGAGGAGCGAUAUAGAUGUGAACGAUUAGAAGAACAGCUAAAUGACCUAACAGAACUCCACCAGAACGAAAUCUUGAACUUGAAGCAGGAACUGGCAAGCAUGGAAGAAAAAAUCGCAUAUCAGUCCUAUGAACGGGCCCGGGACAUCCAGGAGGCCCUGGAGGCAUGCCAGACGCGCAUCUCCAAGAUGGAGCUGCAGCAGCAGCAGCAGCAGGUGGUGCAGCUAGAAGGGCUGGAGAAUGCCACUGCCCGGAACCUUCUGGGCAAACUCAUCAACAUCCUCCUGGCUGUCAUGGCAGUCCUUUUGGUCUUUGUCUCCACUGUAGCCAACUGUGUGGUUCCCCUCAUGAAGACUCGCAACAGGACGUUCAGCACUUUAUUCCUUGUGGUUUUCAUUGCCUUUCUCUGGAAGCACUGGGACGCCCUCUUCAGCUAUGUGGAACGGUUCUUUUCAUCCCCUAGAUGAUGCUGGCACAGAAGGUAUUGUUCCCUACCCUCUGGCAAGUGCAUGCAGCAGAGAGUUAGACAGCAACUUACCUACUCUGAAGUUUUCUACAACAACAAAAGAGUUGAGUGAAUCUGUUUACAUUUAGAAUAAUGUUUUUUUCUUCAAGAGACGCAAUUGCAAUAGUAUUUUUUAGAUUUUAUCCAAGAAGUUUUUUGGGCGAAAAUCUUGGAUCAUUUUUAUGUAGCAUGAUUUUCCUUGGGAUGCAAAUCUUAAACAGUCCUUUAAUAUGAACCAACAAUCUGGAGCACACCGAAGGGCAAUCUAAAUUGUGGCUUGAAGGACUGCACUAAAACCCACUAAAAAUAUGCGAAAACCUAAUUAGGGCAAACCAGUUAAACCUAACACCCUGCCUUGGGCUCAUCACCUCUCCCCAUCCCAGACUAACUUUACUGUGAAAUCCUACCACAUUCCAUGUCUGAAUUUUUGGAUUCGGGGUGGAUUUUCGUUGUCCGUGGAAGAACACAUGGAUCUCCCUGGCUUUCUCACCCAAGUUGGCCACUUACGCUAACCCUGGAAGUAUGAUCACUUUUGAACCUGCCCCUUAACCUUUACUAGGAUACAAAAGUGAAAGCAUCAUCCCCCAAAGGAUCACUGCACAGUCCUACUACAGUAUUUUUAAGUAGCCCUCUAAAUACUUAAUUUUAAGCAAAAUCUGUUGGCCGCACUUUUAAGGUUUUUUUAAUAUGUGUAUAGGUACCAACCUAAAAAUAAAAAAUCCGAACAGCAUACUUGAAGAAUGUAAUACUCAAACUCUCAGUGCUUCCUUAUGGUUUCUAAUAGGAUUUUUUAUUAUUGUUAUUAUUAUUAUUGGGUUUUUUUGGACAGGGUUGGGAGGGUCUUUUAUUUUUCCUUUGAAAUAAAGAAGUGAUGUUUUUAAAUGAAGAAAUGUGUGGAUAUUUAAGUGUGCUGCUCCCUCUUGUCUUGAAACAGUUUGAGUAAGAAAGUCUUGCUGUAAUUGCUGCCCUCUGCCGCCCUUGUUUUGAGAUGCAGUUUAAACUCCCUCUGGCUGCUGCUGCUGCUUUUGGUGUCCCGAUGUCCCUACGCCCCUGUUUUAUGGGUUUAGCUUAGUUGGAGAGGAAAGGGUUGUGCAAGGAGAGGAGGAGGCUGUUUCCACAAACCAGUGUAGUAGGAGAGGGAUAUGUUUUUUUUUUUUUUUUUUUUUUGCCCCAAGAAAAUGUUCACCCAGUCAAUGAUCUUGGGCUGGGAUUGUCUUUAGGAAAAGUUGAGACUUUAAGAGUCAUAAAUAAGUCCUUGUGUUUCCUUAAUUUAUUUUGUUAACACCCCUAAUUACUGAAACCAAAGUGAUGAUGUGGAGUCUUCUGUCUUCAUUUUGGCCCCAGCAUUCUUAAUUUCAAAGCUUUAUUCUGUCUGCCUAAGAGAAUCAACCAAAGGUGAUUCUCCUAAAGAGCAGUGAAGGAAAUGUCGGGUUAGAAGGACCCAAGUUUUGGGUGUGAAAUGUUGCCAGCUUCCUAUAAUGUAAACUGACUUGUUAACCUAACCUAAUUAUGCUCAGUGGACUUAUCUAGAUGGUUUAAAAAAAAUGAACUGAGCUGCUUUCCCCCAUCCCAUAACCAGUUCCAUUAUCCUGGUGGAACUUGAACAUUUAGAGUAGAGAGCUUGGUUAAUUUUCCAUAUUAUUUGUAGUCUUGUUCACAAAUGCUGUUCCCUCUUGGUCUCAUUCUGUGCAACCAAGUGCGUAUAAGAUGCCCUGAAAAGAGUAGCAAAGUAUGCUUUGCCUGUUUCCCCUUACCAGGAAAUUCCUUCAGAACUAGAUUAGCAUUGACCUGCCUGUCUGAAAGGACAGUUUAACUAACGGUGCCAGCCUCCUUUUGCUUUGACAAGCUGGAUUUCUCAGAGCCAGCAUGUUGUUUCCAUAACUACUUUGACAUUUUAACUCAGGUACCCCAGUCUUCACCCCAACCUCAGCUGAUUGUAGUACACCUGCUAGCUCUGUUGCCCCCUCAAAACUAGCACCCAGAGUAGGGCCACAAGGGUGAUUUUUUCUUUAAAAAAAAUAAUUAGAACCAAUUCAUGUUCAUGCCAAAAACAAAUUGUCCCCAAGCCUAUAUAUAUUAAAAUGUUAACUUUGCCUAAAAAUAUCGCAGUGACUUUUUAGGCAGGAGUGCCAAAGGACACUAUGAACUUUUUGAACUAACAGUUUCUCCUAACUUUCUGCUUUAGUAUAAUUGCUCAGAGUAGAGAGCCCCCACAAAGUUAUUUAAAAGAUGCCCUAGCCGCAAUCCACCAGUUUUUCUAAGCUAGAACCUUUGAGUCCCCCAAACUGCCUGAAGACUUAAGUUUUGUGGGCACUGGAAGUCACUUUGAUAGAUGGAUUGAAACUGUUCCCAUUUGCCCUGGAACGGUUUCUAUCAAAGGAAGGUUUUCACCUGUAGAAAGCUCCCUGCGCUCCAGCCAAACAGUCCCAUGCUAACUUUCUGUCUUCCUUUCUCAGAGUGUCUUAGGAAGGACCUUCAGUGCAGAUCAGGUGCAGUAAUGGCUUUCUAGCCUUCUUGUCCCUUAAUUAUUCACCAGACCCAGAAGUUGUGUGCAUUUAAUGCUGUUUGUAACCAUGCAUCUGUAUUCAUUCUUUCCUGUACCUUUUGCUGCCCAUCCUGUUACUUUUGAGUUUCUUUCAUUGCGGUUGUUCUUGGGUUCUUUUGUCUUUUCAUAGCUCUUCUAUAACCUUGCUUUAAUGGCUUAACAGUUGUUCUGGGUGGAAACUUCGCCUCAUUUGAAUGCUCCUCUAAAAAAAGAAAAGAAAACUAUAUUCAUUCCCUUUAAAAUGAAACAUUCCUGGAUUAUUUUUCCAUGCCCCUAGCCUGGGUGAGUGAAGCUGGCUGUGUUGGCCUGGGUGACUGUUCAGGUUGUAGAAUGCGCAUUUUACAUUGUUUAUGAUCAUUGAAGGGUACUUCUGUCUGCUCCAAUUUCCAUUCCUUGGUAUACUCAGUAUGUCCUAGUAAGGAAGGCUUUCCACUCUACUGGCUCCUUAAGAAGCAAAAGUAGGUUAAAUUUUAAACUUCACUGACUAGGUUCUUCUUUCUCCCCUGUUCUAAAUGGAGUAAAAGUCUGAUGCCAAGACAAAUACUGGGAGCGAGCCUUCCUCACUAGCCAUGUCCAAAUAAUAAGCAUAUUUUCACGUGGUCUUCACUGCAUUUGGUUUUGUUUCUGAUUUCAUGUUCCUUUAAGGUACAGUCAGAAGAAAAUGCUGAGUUCUGAGAGAGUUCCAAUGAGGAGCUGUCUUUCAGCUUUGGAAAAUAUGCAUCUAAAACAAAACCAAACAUUAUUGUAAUCUGACACAGGCAAAAUUAUGGUUCCCACACCCCAACCCCAAAUGAAACCUGGGAUUUUGAAUGUGGCUCUAAGCGUUAACAUUACUGUCUGUAUGUCGUGUAUGCUAGGUGAUAUCCUCAGUAGGGAUUGACUACUAGACUGUAAGUGUGUUUUAUCAAAGUGUGUAAGAAUAAAAACUCACUUGCACGAAUUGAAACGUAAAGAAAUGACACUUGUGAACGUGUGAACGUUAACACUGUAGUUGAUAGAUCUUAAGCUGCUAAUUGUUGAGAGAGAUUUAAAUUUAUGUUCUGUCUGGUCGCUGCAGAUUCUCAGCAGCACUUUUACUGUAUAUAGAAAUUGAAAUAAAGACCUCAGCUAUUAA